AUGGCCGUCGCAGCUUCACUUUGCGGUGACGCGAAUGAGCAGGAGAGUAGUAUCAUCGAUAUCGAUGAGAUUCAGGCCCAUGGUAUCUCUGCCGCGGAUAUCGCAAAAUUGAGAUCCAACCUCAUCCAUACCGUUGGAACUCUUAUCAAUACGCCCAUCCGAAAAUUGGUCAAAAUCAAAGGUUUCUCUGACAUUAAGGCUGAGAAAGUAAAAGAAGCUGCAAAGAAAGUAGCCGGCCCCAACACUGGUGGUCAAUUCGUCACUGCCGCUGAGCAUGGCCACUUUCGAAAGAAGUGUAUCAGAAUUUCUACUGGUAGCAAGCAGUUGGAUGCUUGUUUGAACGGUGGCUUCCAAACUAUGAGUAUCAGCGAGGUAUACGGAGAGUUCAGAUGUGGCAAGACUCAAUUAGCACAUACAAUGGCAGUCAUUGCCCAGCUUCCUAAGGAGAUGGGCGGAGCUGAGGGCAAGGUGGCCUAUAUUGAUACUGAAGGCACAUUCCGCCCAGAAAGAAUUUCGGAAAUUGCAGAGCGAUUCGGUGUCGACCCUGAUCAAGCUCUCGAAAACAUCGUUUAUGCUCGUGCACAUAACACUGAGAUGCAGCAGGAAUUGCUCGAGGGGCUUGCCCAAAACUUCGCAACUGAUGAAUAUCGUCUUCUCAUCAUUGAUAGCAUUAUGGCUCUCUAUCGUAGUGACUUUAUCGGACGUGGUGAGCUUUCCGAACGACAAGGUGCUCUCAACGCAUUUCUACGUAAGGCAACACAAAUGGCGGAAGAAUUCAAUCUGGUUGUCUUCAUGACCAACCAAGUCAUGUCGGAUCCAGGUGCCAGUGCCCUUUUUGCAGGAGCUGAUGGGCGUAAGCCUGCUGGAGGACACAUACUUGCACAUGCAUCGACAACCAGAAUCCUCUUGAGAAAAGGUCGUGGAGAGGAACGUGUUGCGAAAGUUGUAGACUCUCCAGAUUGCCCGGAACGUGAAGCAACAUAUAUCAUUACAACUGGCGGUAUCAACGAUCCUGAAAAGGCCUAA